AGUAUAGUGCAAAGUGAAGGGAUAAUGGCAUUAUUGCAGGAUUUGCAGGAGAUGGAUGAGAUUCUUCUUGACCAAACUCACAUAUGGAACCAAAUUUUCCACUUCAUAAACUCAGCUUCUCUAAAAUGUGCAGUUGAGCUAGGCAUACCAGACAUCAUUCACAGCCAUGGCCGACCCAUCACGCUCCAACAAUUGGUCGACGCCCUCCAUAUCAACAAGGCAAAAGCCCAUCACCUUGGUCGCCUCAUGCGCGUCUUGACUCGUUCUGGCUUCUUCCUUGACGCCAAAAUCACGGAUGGAAACGGGUAUGCCCUCGCACGUCCCUCCUUUCUUCUCCUAAAGGACCAUCCCUUUAGUCUGGCACCUUUCGUGCUAGGGGCAGUCUGUACCAUAUUUACAGGUCCAUGGCACGGCGUCAGUGAAUGGUUCCACAACGAUGAUCCCACACCGCAUGUAACGGCCCACGGGAGAACAUUUUGGGACUUGGCAAGCCAGGAUUCGGAGAUUAACCAUUACACUAACCAAGCCAUGGCGGGUGACGCCCUCCUUUUCAUGACUUUAAUCAGGAAGUAUUGUAGGGGAGUUUUUGAAGGGCUGGAUUCACUAGUAGAUGUCGGCGGUGGCACCGGGAUGGUGGCCAGAGCCAUUGCCGAUGAGUUCCCCAACAUGAAAUGUACUGUGUUGGAUCUUCCACACGUUGUUGCCGGCUUGGAAGGGACUAAGAAUUUGGCCUAUGUUGCCGGAAACAUGUUCCAGGCCAUACCUCCUGCACAGGCAGUUUUUCUUAAGUGGAUAAUGCACGACUGGAAUGACGAGGAUUGCGUUAAAAUACUGAAGAAAUGUAAAGAAGCAAUUUCCCGUAGAGAAAAUGGAGGAAAGGUGAUAAUUGUUGAUAUGAUUCUGGAUGCCACCCAAAACGGAGAUGAAGAGUCAAUACAAAACCAAAUUUACUUGGAUUUGCAUAUGAUGGUUUAUCAUGGUGGACAAGAGAGAACAUUAAAAGAAUGGGUAAAAAUCUUCUAUGAAGCUGGGUUUACUGACUAUAAAACAACCCAAAUUGGAACAAGGUCUCUCAUUCAACUUUUUCCUUAAAUCUAUAUAUAUAGUCUCCCCUAUCACAGGCUAUAUAUAUUUGAGACAAUAAAAAAGUGAAAUUGGAUUGGUAAUUCUUAUCUAAAAUAUUAUCCAUAUCUAUUACCCUGAAGUAAAUGUAUUUUAAUUUGACUUCCAGCUUUAAUUUAUUGGUACGGUAUAUGUAAUAUGUCAAAUAAAUAGUCAACUUCAUUAAUUCUGUGCUUUAAUAUUAAGGAUUCAAGAUGUUUUCUUUUUGGGUUAAAUUAAAUAACCAU